AUGCCCUUGAGAGAAGGGUCCUUGAAAUCGCUCAUCACGGACAAAAACUUUCACGACUAUGAACAUUUGUACUUCGACGUGGUAACCCAGAUGCUCAGCGCCCUGGAUUACCUGGCGAGUGCGCGCCUGGUCCACCGGGACGUGAAACCCGAGAACAUUCUCUACUACUCCUCGGGCCAAAUCGCUGGCAGUGGCUACCAUUUUCAGCUGGCUGACUUUGGAUUCGCCCAUUACCACGAUCUGGCUACAAGCAAGUGCGGCACAGGCUAUUAUCGGGCCCCUGAGCUGGUGCCUGAAAAGAGCAAAGUGGACGCGCCGCAGAGCCAUAAGAUGGACGUAUGGUCCCUCUUUGCUACCAUGGUUGCCGUCGAUUCCAAGUUUGAAAGCUUUCCAAUCCUUACCUCUGACUAUGGCAUCAUUCUAAAGACAUUGCUGGCGAAAGCCCGAGAGUCCCCAUUAUACGCGCACAUGGGGAGGCUGCAUCCAGAUUGCCGGGCCUCGGCGGCUCAGAUCCUUAGCGAACACUUUGCAGGCUGGGGGUUAUCAACACCGCAAUCGAGAAUCACCCCGAUAGAGCCCGAGCUAGAGCUACAAGAGGCUGCUCCUCAAAACCUGUUGCCAACUGCCGGGCCUAGGGCACCCCGCGAGAUGGAGAAUGACCAUGAUAUGGAGAAUGACCACGGUAUGGGGAAUGACCACGAGAUGAGGAAUGACCACGGGAAACCUCGCCAGAAAGCAGCGUCUUCCCUCGGCCGCUUAAUCACAUAUCCGCCGCCAUGGUCCCACAAGCAGCAGGGCAUACCGGUGAACAAAAAUGGCGUUAGGAAGCGCCGGGCGAGACGGAGCGCCCGCCCCAGCCCACGACAACAAAGGUUGCUUGUUCGGAAUGAACCAGAAAAAGGUGGUCCGCCUGUGCCUGGGGCAUUUAUCGACUAG